AUGGCGUCGACCGCCGCCGACGAGACGCUUCGGACGACCGCUGCCGCAGCUGCAGACGCCGCUCCCGUCGCCCCCGACGCCCACGAGCACGUGGACAACAACGUCACGAAGAAGACGCUGGAGGCGGUUGAUAUGGCUCAAGCCGCCCACCGUCGUCGCUGUCGUCGCAGUACGACCCACAAGGACAAUCGGAACAAUAGCAGUGCCACUUGUACCACACUGGAGAGACCGGUGACGCACCCGACGAGCAGUUCCGAGGCAGCAGACGAUGGCCCGUCGAUGCAUCGUCGACGUCAGGUCGUCACGUGUCGAGCUGCGACGCUGUGGGACUCAAUCGAGUGGAUCGCAAUCGCUGGCGCCCACGUGGAUGCCGGACAGCGACUUGGCACAGAGGGACGACUCGAAGACGGCACGUUGCGCUAUUUGCAGGCUCCAUGCAAAGGGAAAUUGGGCCUAUUGACGAAGGAGCAGUCGGACGAGAUGAUGGAGGCACAAGGGGACGAAGGCGCACGAUCAACGAAGAGAGUUGUGGCUUUUGUCGAGUACUGCGUCCAUCCUGUGCGCAAUGGCCACACGUGUUUGAUGUGUCUGGAAGUGGUUGAAGACGAUGAUGAUGGGAGCGAUGGUGGCGGUGGUGGCAGUGGCUAUGGAGGCGGUGGCGAUACGAGCGAGUCGACUAGUGUCAAUGUGGUGUCUCAUGGACAGGUCAUUCGACUGAAUCUGGAAGAAGCGAAAAAAUUCGAUUCGGAUAAUAUUCGACGCCAGCUUGGUGCGAAGAAGCUAUCGCUGGUGCUGGAUCUCGACCACACUUUGCUGCAUGCUGUGCGAGUGGAUGAUGUGGAAGGCAAGAUUGCUACAUCAGACGACAUUCAUUUCUUCUUCAUUUCGGGCCUGGACCAGCAGCACGUGGUAAAACUACGGCCAGGCUUGACAGAUUUUUUGACAGAGCUUUCGGCACUCUACGAUCUGUUCAUUUACACGCACGGCACGCGACUCUAUGCUGAGGAGAUUGUCAAGAUUAUUGACCCAGAUGAGACGUACUUCAAGAAUCGCGUUGUGGCACGCACUGAUACGCCAGACAUGCUUCACAAAUCGCUCAAGCUGCUGUUUCCUUCGUGUGACGACUCAAUGAUUCUCGUUCUGGAUGACCGGAUCGACGUGUGGAAGGAAAACGAAGCAAACGUGUUUCUCAUUGAGCCGUACCACUACUUCAAGUGCACUGCCGAGAUCAACAACGCAUCGGGGCGCGGCGCGGCCGACCAGCAUGAUGCCGAGGUUACUGAAGACAGGUACCUUGCACAGUCAGUAGCAAUCUUGAAGUAUGUCCACAAUACUUUCUACGAGGGUCAUCGAACAGGAAUGCGAGGCACAACUGUCGAAAACCAGAUGGCCGGUCACGGUCGUGAUGUGAAGGCGAUUCUAAGCGAGCGAAAACGCGCAAUCUUGCAUGGGUGCUCGAUCGUGUUCAGCGGGGUGUUCCCGAUCGUUGGCCCCAGAAGUCACGAGUCUCACCAUCUGUGGCGUCUAUCGGUGGAUUUGGGCGCCAUUCCCAGCAUGAGGUUGAAAGAUUUCCCGAUGACACACCUCGUAAUUCAUCCGGACCGCUUGGGAACUGAGAAGCACGCUCAGGCGAAAUCGAUUCCUGGCGUGCUGAUUGUGACACCCGACUGGAUCCUGAAGUGUGCUCGAACAUGGUCCCACGUAUCCGAACAGGAGUUUCUCGCCGACGAAUGGAAAGCGAAACAUGCAAAGAAAGAGUCAGUGAAACAAGAGGUAAACGCAGACGUGUCUGUGAAAGCAGACGCGCCCGCUGAAACACCGAGCGCGACCUCCGUGAGUACUAGUGAUGACAUAAGUGGAAGUAAACCGUCUGCAGCCGUUUCACUCGCUGUUGAAGGUAAGCCGGCCAUGAAGGACCUUGCCGACCAGCAACCGGGUGAUGCGAAACGUGGUAAGCAAGUCACGUUCGCUGACGACGUUGCCGAUCCUCCGAGUGACGACGGCACUGGAAAAAUGCCUUCGACGGUAAGACAGUCUCGCGUGAUUCGCCGAUCACCUGUUGCUCGUCGUGCACGUACUGCUCACGCUGUCGGUGGUGUUGCAACUGGCGUUGUGGCUACGGGCGGUACGUUUGAUUUCCUGUCAAAAAUCAGCGCAAUCAAACGUGGGCCAGCGACAAACGUUAAGGUUGAGAAGACCAAAGUGACUACGAAAGAUCGUGCACGUCCGGUUUCGCCACCUAAGGAUGUGGACGAUGCGUUUUUGCGGCUCAUCGAAGCAGAGGAGCGUGAAAAUGAAGAGGAGAAAAAGCGCAAGCAGUCGUCGACUGAGCUCAAGGACCAGCUUUUCACCCGACGUACGAAGCAAAACACCAGCAAAAAACAUCCCCGUGACUCCGAUCCUGGUACAAUGAAGCCUGACGAGAAACGAAUGCGGGUCACGGCCCCAGAGCAGUCAAAUGGAGCUUCGGGAGAUGAUAGCGAGGAUGAAGAGCUGGAUGACUUGGAAGCUGAUAUCUUGGGAGACAUGUGA